AUGAGCCCUGGCCGCAGAGUCAGAGUCGCCAAGUGCCAAAUGCUGGCCACCUGCUUCCUUGUCGUGCUGCUGGCCUUGUGUGUGGCCACCUUCGUGACUGUCACCUACUUUGGGGCCCACAUGGCCGUCAUCCACCAGGCGUCCCCGGGGAGGAACCCCUACGAGGAAUCGCACCGCUGGGCCUUCUACCUGGGGACCGGCCUGGCGGGAAUCCUGGCCACGGGGGCCGUGCUGAGUGCCGCAGCCACGGUGAGGGAGGCCCAGGGCCUCAUGGCCGUGGGAUUCCUGUGCUUUGCCAUGGCCUUCUGCGCCCUGGUGCAGGUGGUCCUCUGGAGGCUCUACCAUCCGAUCCAGGUGGAGGAGGCCGCGCUGGACACCUUCGACCUGGUGUACGACCGGGCGCUGAGGACCGCGUCUGGCGCCUGGCAGCGGGAGCUGGCGGCCAUCCAGGACACGUUCCUGUGCUGUGGGAAGAGGUCGCCUUUCAGCUUCCUGGGACACACAGGUGCCAACCAGUGUCACGGAGCCGGGGCACCGAGAGAGGACUGCCUAGAGGGCAUCCGGAGCUUCCUGCGGACACAGCACAAGGUGGACCUCGCCCUGCUCAGCACCGCCCUGGCCCUCACGGUGCACGCCCUGCUGCUCUCCUCCUUCUGGUUCGCCAUCCGCACGUGCCGCGGCCUGCACCGCAGAGGCAAAUACACCCUGACGCCGCGGCAGCCCCCGCCGGAGUCGGUGCUACCCCUCCAGAGCGGCCUCUAGGCCAAGGGCCCUGCGGGAGCACUGAGGGUGACCGGCGGGUCCGUCCCUCUCACGACCCCUCCCUGCCUGCCCCUAACCCUGCCAAGGCCUGCUCUCAAAGAUGCCACCCACGACACGGACGUGGAGAGCCGGAAGCUCCGGGGGCCCCAGGCCCGAUCUCGGAGGCCCAGGAGAUGAGGGGCAGGAGGGACCCAGGCCCAGCAGCCAGGAAGCCGCCUCUGCUCCCACGCCAUCGGGCCACCUUCUGACCCCAGGCGUCCCGCCUGGCCCCUCUGCAUUCCACAGCUGGCUCCCAGUGCCUUCUGGAACAUUCCAGAACGGAGUCCGUCCUCUCUAGAACAUUCCACAGCAGCCUCCUAAUUUCCUCUACAACAUGCACGUCCACAGUAGCCUCUCAGUCCCCUCUGGCCAUUCUACAAUCGCCUCAGUGUCCCCCAGACAUUCCACCACAGCCCCGCAGUCCUCUAGAACAUUCCACAGCAGCCUCCCAGUGCCUUCUGGAACGUUCUGCAAGAGCCUCACAGUGUCUCCUAGAACAUUCAAGAUAGCUCCAACCCCUCUAGAACAUUCCGGAACAGCCUCACCGACCCCUGUGCCCCCGAGAGCCCGCGCCUGCCAGCCCUAGGAGCCCAGCCUCUCCCGACGUGCCCAGGGUGGACUCUGCUGUGCCGGCCACCAGCGCCCACAGGGACGCUCGAGACGGCCCUCAGCGGCUCUGGGAUGAUGCGCCCUCUUCCUGCAACCAUUGCCCGGUCACCUGGGUGCUCACAGAGGCAAAGGCAGCCUGGCUGUCGGCCCUCAUGUCCCUGAAGCGUGGGAGAGGGGACUGGAGGCAGGUGGACAGGCCCCCC